AGAUUAUUAAUUGCUACCUUUUAAGUACCCAGCAACCGUGUCUUACUUCUAAACUAAAUCUGUGUAUUUCAUUAAUUCAGUUUUUAAAAAGGACAAUUAAACAUGGCAACAUGUCUGGGUCAAGAAUGAAAGGGGUUGGAUCUAGUUUUGAGUUCUCCAGGUUUACCUUAUCCCCCGCUCGAGAAGCAAAGAAUGUCCUAUGGAGUCGGAUUAGAAGAUUCUGGGUCGGAAAACCCUCUGGCGGUGUAUGUGCGUAACGUUCCAACCCUUCUCCUUGUAGAUCAAAAGUUCAAGAACCUUAUCACUAGUUGGCGAGGAGUAGAUGCAGAAAACUCAACCUGCUUCCAGAACAAGAAGAAUAGCGCUUGGAACGGCUGGGCGAUAGUUUACUUCAAAUCCGAGAUCGACCGACAGAACUUUCUAGAAGACGAGAAUCAACAUUUUGUACGAGAUCCGUCUGGUGCUUAUCACAAGCUGAAGGUGACAAAAUGGUUUCAGAAACAGGUUUCAGUUCCUCAGAAAUCCGUUAGCUCCGCUCGACCACUUCCACUUUACAAGGCGGAUCUAUUUUUCGACCGAGAAACAUCUCAGGAAGAGUUUGAACGUAGUUGUAAUGAAUCUUCCAUCCAAAGUUUCCGAGGAACAAUCCACUCUUAUAUAACCAAUACAACUGGACUGGGACACAAUGGGUUUAUUGAGAUCAAGCUGAGUACACAGGGCAGAGAAGUUUCGGAAUACGUUCUAUUUAAUUCAGACAGUGUUUGGCUGUGCUUCUGUCCAGCCGGCUGCUUCGGUGGCAGGGAUUGUUUGGGAAAAUCCGGAAAAGAUGAUAACUUGCCUUUGAAACUGAAGGUUGGGAGCGAGGUUGUAUUUACCGGAAGAAAGAUCCCUCAAGGAUUGGUAGAAUCUUGCAGGUUUCAGGCUAAAUCUGUUUGGCAGGGAGACGGGAACCAACCUAAUUAUAUUUCUCCUCCCUCUAGUUUCAAACUUGACGAAUAUCUGGAAGAUUAUUUAACCGAGACGAAUUCUCCAAGUCCCAAUGUUAGUAGUCCUGCUCCGUCUCUGGAGAACCAGGGCGGAUCAAGUUCUCCGGUUUUCAAUGUGGUUCGGCAGAAACCCCUACAGGGAAGUUUGAAACAGCUCAACUCAUCACUUGACAAAAACAUCUCCUUUAAGGUUCAAAAGAAAAUUGCUCCAUCAAACUUCGCCCAGGCGGUUGCUGCGGUUUCCGUAGUACAAGUUGAAGAAACUGCAGAUUUUGUGGAAAAGGGAAAAGUUGAAUCUUUCCCUAACUCUGAGGAAAUUGUUGUUUCUAUCCACGGUUACGGUCGUUUUACUUUGGACCAACGGCAUUUUGAGGGUUCGUUUCAAGAUGUUAAAUCAAAUCUGAAAUUAGAUGCAAAUCUUGCAAUAGCUCUGAGUAAUGAUAAAAGGAGUGGAAAGAAAGGAAAGUUUGUUGUCAUCCGAGCCUUUCCUGACUUCGAUCCGGCGAAAGCCACAAAGGAGAAUUAUAACGAGGAUUUCCACGGUCCGGCCUCUGGGGAUUCAAACGAUAGCGGUCAUUCUAGAGGAGAAUCAAACCAUGAGAUCAACCUUGAAGAUUUGGAUAAAUAUUACGAUACCUAUUCUGAAAUCUAUGAUUAUCUGCACCGAGAAAUCAUUGUUAUUCUACCUAACCUACCCUAUAAGAGUAUUGAGUGUCUUACCAACGAUAUUAUUUACAAUGUUGAAGAAUCCUGUGAAACUAAAAUCUUGCAAGAAUUUUUUAAAUCCUACGGAGUCAAUGUUAGCACGGGAAACAAGUUUAUUGGAGAAUUUAUCAAGUUUCGUAGAUCCUUCCAGUUUGCUGAAGAUGGAUUGCUGGACGAUAUUACUCCGGAGACUCCGGUCUUUGAGAGUUUUACUUCGAAACCCCUUCCGUCGGAGGUUGAACUCCAGGUUUCCAACUUUAUGAAGUGGAUCAACACCCAGCAAGUUCGAUCUACCCAAACAGAGAAGUUAAAACUUGAAUUUUACAACGAAAUGUUCAGGUUUCCUGAAUCUGCAAUAUUCUGGUUUAAUUCAAUGCUUAAGUGUUCGGAGCAGAACAUAGGUUCGAUCCUCUACAAGUUUCCAGCGCUCCAGUCCUGGGUCCUUAAGAGAGGAGGAGAUUGUAAAUCCAUCCUAUCCGGGUUGGAAUCCGACUCAGCCCAGUUUCUAGCUCUGACUGAAUGUAAGGUGGUAGAACUAGAAGAGGAGAAGAGUAAAUCUGAAUCCCAAAAGUUUGCAGGUCUCAUUUUAUCCACUCUAGAAUCUGAGUUUGUGGCGUGUAAAGAAAAGGAGAAAGAAACAAAUUCAUUCAUUCUCCGUGUGUUAACUAUUCUAAGAAAAGCUGGAAUAAAACUUGAGGAUUUACUCUCCAUGCAUCGUGAUCAUCUCCGUCUCUCAACUAAACCUAGAAACCGCGAGUUCAACUCAAAAAUGCAAUCAUUUCUUAUGAAGAAAACCAAUCAGUCCCUUCUGGAGGAAACAAACAUAUUUAUCGGAAACAACAAGGAUUUAAAGGUCAAACAGUACACCCCGGUAUCGUGUAAAAAAAUUGAAAAAUUUGUUCCGAUCUUGACAACCUGUCUCUGUGGGUUCAUAUUUGAGAGAGCAAAUAUUCCGCUGAGGAACGGAUCAGCUUCUCCGCAGCGAAAUAUUCCAACUAACUCUGAACCAAAGGAUGAGUUUGCCGAACUUGUCUCGUACAUGGAGAAAACUAAAUAUUCAAACUUUAUAAAUGGAGUUCGUCUCACUCUUAUAAACAAAAAGAUCAGUUUAAUGAAGCUUGAAAGUAUUUACAUGAGUUGUAAGGUUGGAGGAAUUAUGAAGUGGAAUCUUGAACUUAGUAAGCUUCAACUGAACCCUCCGGUUGGAAUUUCUGUUAUCAUGUUAAGUGAGAUCCUCUGGAAUUUCUGCAGCUCACGAGGAUCUACCGAUGACCAGGAAUAUCCCAGAAAUAUGGAGAAGACUAAUGAUGAUUUAAAAAUUCCAUCUAAUCUUCUCACUGUCUACAAUUCAACAGAAGUAAUCGCUAUUAUGAAAAGGUUCAAAGACGGAGAGCUUGAAAACGCAUUCCAGGAAGGAUACGAUGUAAUCAGUAGCCUGGAUAUGUACUGGAGGGACAAAGAGGAUGAGUCGGAGGAGAUGUUUGCGUUCCUUGCAGCAGUUAUCUGGGAGGAUUGUAAGGUUGAUAAACUACAAUUAGAGAAUACAAUAACCAAGUUUUAUCAAAAUCAUGCUUAUGAUGAGAAGAUAGUAGAACAUUUACAGAAUCUUCUCACUUCUUGGGCAUCCAUCCUGGACUCUUCAAGUACAUUUAAAACUUGUAUUUUGAGUGUAUACAACAUUCUAAAGGUUACUCUAGCAAGCUUUGAUCCAAACACCUACGAGGAUAUUCAGGACCCUACUCCGUCCUGUAUCUCACAACGAACCUUCAUGAAUCUUACCCUAGGAGAUAAGCUCUACUCCGGGGAGGGGAUAGUGAUUGGAAACCUAGGAGAUUUUUUUAUCAUUCAAACCAAGUUCUGCAAAGUGUUGGCGCAUCAAGCUGUUUCAUUUGGGAGCAGCAGCUGUUCAAUCAACUAUGAUCUGGACCCGGAUAUUCUGCGUCCUUUUGACCAGGUUCGGGUUCACUCCGUUCCUGUAUCUGGAUAUGGAGAGAAGGAUACUAGUUGCCAUGUUGCCCUGAUGGCCUGGCAAAAUGUUGUAGAUGAGGCAGGGGCUUGGUUAUCUGAACCUCCUCAUUCAGGAGUUCUCCUUCCCUUCUCCCAGGAGUUCUACGAGAAAAUCAGGAAGAAGGCGCAUGAACUCGUGGAAUCAGAACCUUCUUCUGGAUUCUCGGAGUUCGGAUUGGAGAAUCAACUCCUGGAGUACGAUAAUCUGUUGCUCAGUGAGAAACGUUUUGAUGGUUCAUGGGUUGAAACAUUGGACCAAAUCAAGAUAUAUUGGGUUUUAUGCAGGAAGGGAUUUAUAACCAAAGACACAUUUGAGAAAAAGGUUUUCUCCGAGCUAGAGAAAUACGGUGUUUUUGUUUAUGAUCCAGAUUGUUCCUCACGUCUGGAUAAAUAUCUAGCUCGGGAUAGGAAAGCAAAAGAGAUGCUGUCAUUUUCUGAUUUCAAGACCAAUACUGCUCCAGAAAUGUUUUUAGAGAAAUAUCCAUCAAAAUGGUUUAAGUUUGAUUAUUCCAAGCGUGUUGCUGGAGAAGUUGCAGAUUCCAUGAAGCUGAAUGAGAACAAAUCCAACCGUAGGUUUGAAUAUGAAGGAUCAGAAACCAGAAAAACUGAGGUUCCCAGUAUCAAGGUUGUAGAUGAAUCCUUGUCUAGCUCCGAGUAUAGACUACUCACGGAGCAGAAGUUGGAUCGUUUGAACACCGCAGUUGAGACCCUGCUCCAGGUUCUUCAAGAAACUACUGCCACCAUCAACUCUCUUGACAAAAGAGUCGAAACUCUGGAAAAGGCUAGCUCUGGAUUAAGACCUGAAUCAGGCCGAGGGUUGAUGGAGAGAUAUUUCGUGAAGAUAUGUCGGGAGGAGGACGGAGAGGUGGAAGAGGUUCCGACUAACUCCGAUGGACUACUUCCUUAUGCAACGGUUCGGGCCCUGUUCAAUGGUAUAUCUGGUCUGAAGUAUAGAAUGCCUGGUACUCCAAGGAUCUGGAGAAGUUUGAUCCUGGAGCAGGACGUAUUCUAUCCUCCUGAGGAUGGUUGGGGAGAAAGAAUUUAUCUUUCAUCAUUUCCAGCAGGAAAUGUUUACGGAUACCCUACAGGAAAUCAGCUUCCUAUUGGAGCCCAGCACAGAUCAGGUUUGGGAAACUCGAUCUCACAACUCCUGGUUCGUCAACCUUCCGCCAGUAUCUGGGGUUCAUCUCCAGCACCAAUUCUAGGAGGAAUAUCACCGGUCAGUCUAGACUUUCAGGAUCCAUCAAACUACGGUCUUCAUCCUCAACAACAACUAAACUAGUUCCCUCGCUUCUAUACAUCAGAUGUAAUUAUAGUCAGAUAAUAGUUGCUGAAUAGACUAGUAUCUGUUUCCGAUUUCAAUAAUUCAUACCAUUAACCUUACCCUUCACAGCUCUUUCUUUGUUAGUUGAAAUUCACUCUAACAAUAAGCCUUUCUAACUCAUCAGUAGUUACUCAACAACUUAUAGAAAUUGUAAUUUCACGUAACCCUCCUUCAUUUAUGGAGGGGGCAGGCUCGAGUUAAUUAAUCUGAUUAAGAAUGUGUUAGAUAUCGUUAAACUCAUCACAGUCCUAGCCUAUUAGUUACUAACUUAUUAAAUUCAAAAUAUCAGCGCUAACUUUUCAUUUUUCAACUUCAUAAAUUGUCAAUAAAAUAUUCAUGCAUUCUCUUGUGUCUUUACAUCUAUGGGCAUCGUUAAUCCUUUUUUUAUAAUCAUGUUUAGCUAACUUGAAAUGUUUUAAUCUUUCUCACUUUUUAGCUCAUGAGAGAUUGAAAUUUAAACCUUAACAUAAUAUUAACGACAACGGAUAUCUUACGGAUAAAUUUCGCAUCAAAUGUUUGUUAAAUAAUGUAUUACAUUUAUUAACGACUGAACUGUUUGUUUGUACGAAAUAUGUUCUAAACGUUGCUUCGUGAAUAAUUUUACAAAUGCACAAUAAAUAUUUUUCUAUA